GGCACGCCGGCGCAGGGUCGAACGUGAGACUGGGUCAUCGCGCGGCAUAUGGCGAGGGACGAGGUAAAAGCCCGAGAGCUUCAAAAGGCUGUAGAUGCGCGACUCUUUUUGACCCAUCCGUCCGCUUUCUUAAGAUCUUUGUCUCAGCACUUGACAAAGGCAAGAAACGCCUCACUCCGUGCCUGUGACUGUGUCAAGCUUCAUCCUCUCCUCCAAUUCGCACCUUCUACAGUGAUAUACCCAAGCCUGCCCACGCAGAUAUUUCCUACCUGCAUUUGCCUUGCAAAACACGCUCGAGAGCCAUACAGAUAGGCUUCGCAAUCAAUUCACGAUGUUCUCACGCGCCCUGCUCCUCUCAAUUCUCCCCAUUGUCAGCGCACACUUCCACCUGGUAUGGCCACCUUCUCGAGGCUUCGAUGAAGACACCAUUGUCAACUACCCAUGCGGUGGAUUCGACCAAGUCAACUCCACGCGGCAGGCACUUCCCCUAAAUGGAGCCUUUCCCAUACAGCUAAACAUGGAGCAUACUUCGGUGAAGGGCAUGGUUGUCCUCGCCGUCGGCAACAACCCAACCGGUGACGACUUUACCACCGUCCUGAAACCGACUUUCGAGGAGGUCGGCCCCCAGAACUUCUGCAUUGGCGACGUGAUCAUUCCCGCUAGUCUGAAUCUGACGGAGGGUACGAACGCCACGAUUCAGGUCUUGACGAAUGGCGACCCCAACGGUGGUCUUUACCAGUGCGCCGACGUCACAUUCACGUCAGCAACUUUGAGCCAGACGGACUAUAACUCACAUUGCUCUAACAGCACUGGCGUCUCCGCCAGCUUCGUGGGCGGAGCUGCGCCAAACGGCACGUCUUCGUCCUCUAGCAGUCAGUCUUCCAGUUCUGCGAGCGGCUCCGCAUCAGGCACAGCAGCAUCCAAGACCUCGUCAGGCAGCGGUACCAGGCAAACAGCCGGGGCUCUUCUGCUUGGAGCUGCAGGUGUCCUGGCCGUGGGUGCUCUGUGAGCGUUUCGCAUGGGGCAAAGAACGUUUCCUUAUAUCGCGCCAAAAAAAAUUACCGGAUCGAGGGACCGGUGAUUAUCUGUGUAUUUUAGCUACACAUAGCGGAGUUGAAAUGUGACUUGGAACAACAAGUUGAAUAUGUUCAUGAUCAUCUACUCGACCUAUCUUUGGAAGGCGAGCGACACAAGAAUUUGAGUCUGUGUAAGCUCCACGGCUUGUCGUGCAAAAAUGCAAAGGUAAAAAUUAUCUACAAAUCUGAAUCAGGCUUGACCUACGGCUUCUUCUUG